AUGUGCUCGAAAAGAAGUGUUCGUUCGACAAAUGCUCAACAACAAAGUGUGGUGUGUCGAAUUUGUUUCGACUAUGAAACGGUACGGUUUUGCGCCUUUGAAAUUACUGUAGAUCGCUGCAAGACCAAAAAUGAUGUAUUUUGAAACAGAAUACGGUGGUUUUCAGGUUUUGGAGCGAAAAAAAAUUGACGAUAGAUUUCCCUGCGCGAGAACCCGGAAAUUUCAACAAUUUUCGAAUUUCGGUCAAAAAUUCUAGUUUUGACGGAAAUUUCUUACGAAAAUUGAUGACAUUUCAAGGUUCAGGCAGAUUUAUGCUCUAAAUACAAUUAUUUCCUCACAGAAAACCAACAAACUAAUCCGCCCAUGCUCGUGCUCGGGCUCCGUCGCUUAUACACACACCCCGUGUUUGGAGCAAUGGGUAAAAGCCACCGGUCACAUAAAAUGCACAAUUUGUGGCGAUGAGUUCGUUCUGGAGCCGUUGGGAAUGCGAAAAUGGUGGGAAAUGUCAUUUCCGAGACCAUUGUCUGAUUUGAGCGAAGAUGUUAUGGAUUUUGUGUGUGCGAUUGCUUGGAUUUUGUAUAUGGCGAGGUUGGUUUGGCAAAAAAAAAUUGACGAUAGGUUCCCCUGUGCGGAACCUAUAAAAUUCCAGUCAUUUUCAGAUUUUCAAGCCUGAAAUUCAACAAAUUUCAGGCAAAAAAUUAUGAAAUGACUGGAAUUUCAAGGUCCGGCUCAUUUUUUAAACAUUUUCUAUCGGUUAUUUGAUCAACAAAUACAAAAUUUUGCAGAUUUGCCUAUCUCGGAGUGUAUUAUGGUCCCCGUGUAAUGAUGUCCGCUUUAGAUGAAGCAAUGGGAAAUGGGACGAUUCGAAUGAUUUGGUGGAUAUCUUUUUGGUUUAAUUGCCUGUAUUAUGGUUGUAUGACUUCGUUGAUUUAUGAGAAAUGGCUUAUGGAUAACACAAUUUAUACGUUCAAGGAUAAAAGUUCGAAAAAUUUUGAGGAAAUGUCGAAGAUGAGUAGGAAAUCGAGAAUUUCGAUGAUUUCGCCGCAGAAAAAGUGA